AUGGUGGAGCUAGCGAGUGAAGCGCCGACUGGUUACCUAUCCGGCCUGAUUAAGUCAAAGAAGGCAAAGACAGAAAUCCGUAAGUUGUCAGUCAGCGGGCAGAACAUCACGAGGGCAAGAGAGGUGCUGGAGGCCGCAACAACGUUUUUUCGGGACACUUUUGCGGGCCCUCUGCAGGAGGUUACAGAGGAAGGAUGGGAGGUGGCAGAAAGCAAGCGCCUGCUGGACAAGGAUAAAGAGGCACUCACCAGACCAUGGUCGGAGGAUGAAGUAAGAACAUCACUCCGAGAGCUGCCAACGGGGAAAGCACCAGGACAGGAUGGGUUGCCGAAGGAGCUGUUCGAGCAAAACUGGGGCCUCCUGGGAAAGGAGGUGAUGAAAGUGGUUGAGGUCUUUGAGAAGGACGCGCUGCUCCCGGAGCCUUUCAUGACGGCGGUGACGAUCCUUCUGCAUAAGAAGGGAGCAAGGGAGCAGUUAGGAAACUACCGCUCGAUAACGUUACUCAAUGUGCUAUACAAGCUAGUGGCGAAGGUGCUGGCUAAUAGGAUCAAAAAAGUUCUACCACAGGUUAUCUCGGAGAGACAGUACGGCUUCAUACCUGGGAGACGUUUGGCGGAUGCGGUAUCAACGGUUGCGGAUGUGAUCGACACGGCACCGGAAGGUGAUGAGGAUUGGCUGCUGCUCCUGGUCGAUUUCCAAAAAACGUAUGACUCGGUCUCGAGAGACUUCCUCUUCACCACGAUGGAGAAGAUGGGUUUCCCGGGCAAGUUCAUUGCCUGGACAAAGGGACUUCAUGAGGGAGCGGGAACAAAGCUGAUGGUUAAUGGCUGGUUAGGAGACAGAAUUGGGAUGGAGAAAGGGGUACGGCAGGGAUGCCCGCUUGCUCCCUAUCUCUUCCUCUGCGCGGCGGAACCUCUUUGUCAGGAAGCGGAAAGAAGGGGUCUGGGGAUCCGGAAAAGGGGAGUUGGUGGACUGACGUAUGUAGGCUACGCUGACGACACCACUUUAGCCCUGCAUGGUCAAGAACAAGUGGUGGCAGCCAAGCGGCUGCUGGAUGAGUUUGGACUAUGCUCAGGGUUGUACAUCAACCAGGAAAAAACGAAGCUAAUGCCACUGGGGAAAAACAGGAGAAGACAGCAGCCCACAAACUCACCGUUUCAAUGGGCAGCGCAGAACGAGCCGGAACGCCUCCUUGGCAUUUGGGUCACAUCGGGAGGGUCGCCGGAGCCGUCCUGGUAUAAGGCCUUUGAGCGGAUGUGCAGCGAGCUGAGCAAGUGGGACUCGAAGCAUCUGACGACCUCUGCCAGGGUGACAAUCGUGAAUAGUUACGCGAUGCCAAUUAUACUGUUCCAAGCACUGGUGUACGCGCCACUGCACGAGAUCUGGCUGAAGGUGAAGAGAAUCUGCCAUAACUUCAUCUCAAAAGGGAAGGCGUCUUUCGAUAUAUUCUUCAUUUUAUGGAGUUUCGAGCUAUCCUUCAAAGACAGGAAGGAGGGGGGACUAAGGGUGAUCAGUCCGAAAGAAAGAUUGGGCAGUAUUGCGAUUCACAACAUCGCGAGAGGUGCAGCAACGAGGGAUCCGUUCCGUAACUGGCUCUGGGAGAAGGCGGCCGGCUUCCCACAAGGACUCGCGACGGUGUACGCCCACCCGGCGAUCAUGCAACACUGGAUGAAGGGUGGAGUGAGAUGGAAGGCAACGAUCGAGGCCCUCUGGGAGACAAAAGCGGAGGUGAUAAGAGAGACAGCAAACCGGUGGGAGGCAGAAAGGGAAUUUUUGCUUUUCAACAAAGCAAUCUUCUUCAGAGGAAAGUCUCCGUUCGGGAAUCAACAUGGCUCCAAUUGUUUAAAGGGGGUCACGCUAGGGGAUCUAAUCAAGAAAGGAGCGGAUGGCAGCAGAACGGUGAAAGACGAGGCGACUUUGGAACGUGAACUAGGGGGAGAGGAGCAGAGGAAAUGGGCGAUGAAAGCGCUGGAAGCGAAUCCGAUGGCCUGGAAAGAAUUAGUGCUAAAAACACUCACUGCGGAUGAAGUGUUCGGCGCGGCGAAGCUGGUCAGGAUGAACUCAUACAGACCGGGAGAGUUUUUCUUCUACAUGCUACUCUACACGUCGGGGAACCGACUGUUUGGGAAGCGCGUGACGGUGGAGAAGGAUGGCUGCAUCAAGGAAGUAAGAUUCGCCAGUGCGACAGAGAUCCGCUGGGAAGGGACGAUGCCGAUAGUGGAACUCGGGGGGAAGUCUGCAAUUGCAACGCCAGCCACGGGGGCGCCAUCAGCUGCAAGCGGUCAUGCGCCCGCUGCUGCUCAUCCUGCCGACCAUCCUACUGCUCCCCAUGCCGACCCUCUUGCUGCUCCUUGUGCCAAUCCUCUUACUUCUCAUGCCGACCCUCUUACUGCUCCUGAUGCCGACCCUCUUACUGCUCCUCAUGCCGACCCUCUUACUGCUCCUCAUGCCGAUCCUCUUCCUGCUCCUCCUGCUGCCACUACAGCCAUUCGUGCCACGGCUGCUACAGCUGUUCGGGCUACAGCCAUUGUGAGUCCUCGUGCGGCGUCCUCUCGUGCGCAUCACACCGCUGCACCAACUGUCCGGCAUGCUGCCGCCUGUUCAGGUAACCUACCUACAUCCCCGAUGGAGUGGGGAAGAGGGUAG